UGUCUGAGUCAAUAACCAAAGUCAGCCGAAUUUCCACCACAGUUUAGUUGACACCGGCUCUUAAACACAACCUUGUCUCGGUUCUUCUUCUUCUUCAUCAUCAUCAUCUUCUUCUUCAUCUUCUGUGUCUGGACGCAUCUGGGAGUGUAAACCCACUCAAACACACACACUCAAACACAUCACAGUCUUUUCUUCAACAUUCAUUGUCCCCUGUAAUUUGCCACCAUGAUGCACUCGAAGUUGAUUGCAUUUGGGAGGAUGCUGGUGCGUAGGCGUGUCCUGGACACCAACGAAAUGGAGACUCGCUUUGCUCGCUGUCUGUCUACUCUGGACCUCGUUGCUCUGGGGGUUGGAGCCACUUUAGGGGCUGGAGUGUAUAUUCUAGCUGGAGAAGUGGCCCGGGAGAAAGCUGGCCCAGCCAUCGUGAUUUGCUUCCUGAUUGCUGCUCUGUCCUCGGUGCUUGCUGGUCUAUGUUAUGCUGAAUUCGGAGCACGGGUCCCGAAAACAGGCUCCGCCUACCUCUACAGCUAUGUGACAGUGGGUGAAAUCUGGGCGUUCAUCACAGGAUGGAACCUCAUUCUAUCCUACGUAAUAGGCACAGCCAGUGUAGCUCGAGCUUGGAGCUCUACUUUCGACAACCUGGUGAAUCAGAGCAUCUCAAACGUUUUCAGUGAAUACAUGUCUCUUCCAGACACCGGCAACGUGCUGGCGAAAUAUCCAGAUCUGUUUGCGCUUGGGCUUAUCAUGCUGCUUACUUGCCUGCUGGCGUUUGGUGUGAGUGAGUCAGCCCUGGUGAACAAGAUCUUCACAGGCAUCAACCUGAUGGUGUUGAGUUUUGUCAUCAUUGCUGGCUUUGUGAAGGGCGACACUGCCAACUGGAACAUCAGUGUGGAGGACAUCAAAAACAACAAAAGUCCUCCAGUACCCGAAAUGACGGAAUUUGGCACAGGAGGUUUUGCACCAUUUGGCAUUUCUGGGAUUUUGUCUGGUGCAGCUACUUGCUUCUAUGCAUUUGUGGGUUUUGACUGCAUUGCCACCACAAGUGAAGAGGCCAAAAACCCACAGCGUUCAAUUCCAAUCAGCAUAGUGGCGGCCCUGCUCAUCUGCUUUGUUGCUUACUUUGGAGUGUCUGCAGCUCUCACUCUGAUGAUGCCUUACUACCUUUUAAACACUAAAAGCCCAUUGCCUGAGGCCUUUGACUAUGUGAACUGGAUGCCUGCCCGAUACAUUGUGGCUGUAGGCUCCCUCUGCGCUCUUUCCACCAGCUUGUUGGGCUCCAUGUUCCCCAUGCCCCGUGUAAUCUUUGCCAUGGCUGAGGAUGGCCUGCUGUUCCGUUUCCUCUCCCGCAUGCACAAGAAAACGAAGACCCCUGUGCUUGCCACCAUUGUGUCUGGUGUCGUUGCAGCUCUAAUGGCCUUCUUAUUUGAUCUGGCUGCUUUGGUGGAUCUGAUGUCCAUUGGGACCCUGUUGGCUUACACACUCGUGGCAGUAUGUGUGCUUAUCCUCAGGUACCAGCCAUGCAGCCUGACUUACAGCACAGACAAAAAUCAGAUGGAGCUGCAGACACUGACAGAAAAGGAGAAUGUGACCGAACAGGAGAAAAAGCCACUUAAUGAGACGUUCUCCUUCAGACAUCUGCUGCUGCCCAGCUCUGAGUCACCCACCAAGACCUCAGGCCUCAUUGUCUAUGUCACUACAGCUGUUACCUGUUUGUUUUUCACUCUGCUGUGCAUAGUGCUGGCAGUGUGGGGUGAGAACAUCAUAAAGGGGGAGUCUGUAUGGGUCACUGUAGUGACAGUGCUCAGCAUCGCCUCCACCAUCUGCGUUGUCAUCAUCUGGAGACAGCCUCAGAGCAACGAGGCCAUCAGCUUCAAGGUGCCUUUGCUUCCCAUCUUGCCUUUGGUCAGUAUCUUUGUUAACAUCUACCUCAUGAUGCAGCUGGAUGGACCAACAUGGAUUCGUUUUGCAGUAUGGAUGGUUAUUGGCUUUUUGAUUUACUUUGGCUAUGGAGUCAAGAACAGCUCAGAAGCCAUGCAGAAUUCAGAAGCUGUUCUGGAAGGAAAGAGGGAGACAUAUUCUUGUAAAAAUAUCAGCGAGGUUGAAGGAAGUGUGGCUUAAGAAGUACGAGUAUAAUAUGGUAUACAGGCCUUAUGUUUUGUAUAAAUCUCAUGAGGCUAGUGUUAUUAAUUGCCCAGGAUAGUGUCUAUGAAUUACAUAUCAAUAAUAGAAGAAAAGUGAGUAAUAAAAGAAGGUCUUACUGUUUUUGUUUUUUGGACCCAAGAACAAAAAAUUCUGACUGAAUUUCUUUUUUUUUUUUAAUGUUUUAUAUUUAUUUUUAUUUUUAUUAUUAAGUACCAUUACAAUUGUGAUAGCAUAAUGUCCCCCUGUGACGUCAGCAGGGCACACAGCCACUAAAUUCUCAUAGGAAUUAUUAAAAUACAGCACCAUCCAACAUAAUAACUCCUUAAUCAUUAAGCACUACAUACAAAUAUUACAGUAUAGACAUUGUCUUUUGGUCUGAAAUUUCCUUCACACUUCUGAUCAAGAAGUAAUUUGAAAUGUAUAGAUAAUGAAUUACUGUAUUAUCUGAUCAGUAUUUGGCAAGUGAUACAUAAGUGAGUUAUGGUUAAAGGGAUGAGAUCCAUUGGUUCUAAGGCUCAAACAUAGUGUAUUUUUUAUAUACAUUAAGUGUGGCCAUGCCACAAUGUUUUCUGCAGCUGUUAUCAUUUUUUUAAUGUAAUGUAUGUGUCUUUUAUGGAGUUGUGCCUCAAAGAGCGAUUACAUAUAAUCAAGUUUACACAUUAAUUUUGUUUAUACCGAUUCCUAUAGAUUUUGUUUAAUUACUUUAAAAUGUAAAUAUUGUAUUUAACUAUUGGAAUGAAAAUGCAGUGUUUAUUUGUGAUUCACCAUUUUAUUUGUAACAAACAGAAGUGUGUUUUAAAAUUACAGGAUGCCAAAGAGUACUAGAAAAUAUAUUGUUGGUUAAACUGUUAAAAGGUUUAAAAAUGUUUAGAGUAGUAAGUGUGUCAGCGUGGUACUUUAUGAAGAGAUAUUUGUGUACUUUUAUAGUAAAACAUCUGCUGCAUCGGGUUCAGUCCCCCAUCUUGGAAGCACAUAUUAUAUUGUCACUGCUGGUUUCUAUAAGUGGGGAUUUUAGAUUUGAAAAUUCACAGUGGACCAUGAUUAAUGAGAUGGGGUUUUUUUUUUAUUUCAUUAAUUAUUGAUCAGACUGUUCACUAGUCCUGUGUAAGCAGUUGUGAAUAGUAAUAGUACAUAAACAGCAAUUGUGUAACAUUUACAGUGUUGUUUUGUAUCUUUGUCAUUUAAAUGAUUUAUGUUGUAUUGCCCUUACUCUAGUACAAUACUAUAUUACUAGAAAGUGUCAGUUGUCUUAUUGUUAAUUAGUUUAGUUUGUUUUAUUGUGAGCAAAUCAUUUAAAUGUUUCUCUUGUUCUGUAAAUAAUUUCCUGUACAGUUUGUUUUUUAAAUAAAAUUGAUAAACACA